UUCUCAUUGUGUCAGGUAAGCUUGCAUUUCAAGAAUUCCUAAUGUCGAAACAUUACUGGCAGAAUACAUCAUACACAUAGUACUGUGCCUCCAGCAUCAAAACAGAAGUCUAGAAAUAUAAUGUGAAACUAAGAAUCACCUAAAAUAACUACUUAAAAGUUCAGGUUCUCACAAAACUCUCUUAUUAACAACUUAAUUGAUUUCAAGUUCUCUACUUAUAUCCCAACGAACAAUUACUCACAUAAGUAGUCUCUACAGACUUCAGAGGGGUUAUUCCUGAAAGUAACAGCUCACCAUAGUUCAAAAUGUAUAGUUCUUCCCUUAAAACAUUACAAAGAAAUCCAAAUGAAACACUUAGAAUUACUCAUCUUAUUUAAAUUCAUUAUUUUUUUUUCUCCAAUGUUAUCCUUCUUAGUUCUAAAAGCUCUAAAAAAAAGGGGUCAUAAAAUUUUAGAAAAUAAAAGCUAUAAGCAAUAUAAUUUCAUCAACAAUUAAGAAAUCUAAGGGAAGAAAAAAAACCACAACCAACCCCAAAACCCCGUUAACAGGACCUAGGACGACCGCCCAAAAUAGCUUCCCCCACCCCUAAAAAACACACAUAGACACACAGAUAAUUACUGCUUACUGAUUUUUGGGGAGGAGCUUAUGACCAGCAGUCACCCAACUAGGGGGAAAAUCGUAUAAAUACUCAAGGGUUACACUUGAAAUCAUCAGCUUCUGCUCACUCACCAGUGGCAAAAGAACUCCUCAGUAGAGGUUUCACUGCUCUACCACUCUGCAUUGGAGCUCUGCAACAUUUUGAACGGAUUUGGAAACAUGCAUUUACAAAUAUCCUUACUGUUGCCAUUUUGUCUGAACAUUGUCCAUGGUAGCGAUGGAUAUUUUUCUGAGCGAUAUCAGAAACAAUCCAGCAUCAAGGGGCCACAUUUUCUACCAUACAAUGUAAAGAGUCAAGGUGUGCAGAUAAGGGGUGAACAAGGACCCCCUGGUCCCCCAGGCCCUAUCGGGCCAAGAGGACAACCAGGUCCUGCAGGAAAACCAGGGUUUGGAAGUCCUGGUCCCCAAGGCCCCCCUGGUCCCCCAGGUCCACCUGGAUUCUCUGCAGUUGGAAAGCCAGGCGUGCCUGGUCUACCAGGAAAGCCAGGAGACAGAGGACUACAUGGUGAGAAAGGAGAAGCUGGACCUGUUGGGCUUCCAGGAGCAAGAGGGCCACAAGGACCCCCUGGCACUCCCGGCCCUGCAGGACUGUCUGUUCCUGGCAAGCCAGGACCACAAGGCCCUCCGGGAGCUCAAGGGCCGAGGGGCCUCCCCGGUGAGAAGGGAGAGCCAGGUAUCCCUGGUAUAAACGGACAAAAGGGAGAAAGUGGAUUCGGUGUUCCAGGCCGCCCAGGUAGCAGGGGCCUUCCAGGCCCACAGGGACCCCGGGGCCUCCCUGGCCCUGCUGGGGUAGGCAAGCCUGGUGAAAACGGUCUUCCAGGUCAGCCAGGUAUGAAAGGUGAUAGAGGCUUACCAGGUGCACCUGGAGCAGCUGGUAUCCCAGGUCCCCAGGGUCCCCCAGGAGAACCUGGAGAAGCUGGCAUUGGCAAGCCUGGGCCAAUGGGACCACCAGGAGCAGCAGGCAUCCCUGGAGCCAAGGGACACCCUGGACCUGCAGGCUUGCCUGGAUCCCCAGGUCUUCCAGGCUUUGGAAAGCCAGGAUUGCCAGGGAUGAAGGGACACAGAGGGCCUGAAGGUCCUCCUGGCCUUCCAGGACCUAAAGGAGAUCAAGGCCCGGCUGGUGUGCCAGGUGAGCCAGGGCCUGCUGGGCCACCAGGGAACAUGGGCCCUCAAGGACUCAAAGGCUUGCCCGGUGAGAAUGGCCUACCAGGGCCAAAAGGUGACACGGGCCCUGCAGGCCCCCCAGGAUUCCCAGGGGCCAAGGGUGAACGAGGUCUACCAGGAUUAGAGGGAAAACCAGGAUACCCAGGUGAACAGGGUGUUGCUGGUCCUAAGGGGCACCCAGGUUUCCCAGGUCCAAAAGGUGACAUUGGCCAUGCUGGCCUACCUGGCUUGCCCGGUCCAAUGGGUCCACAAGGAGUUAAGGGAGUGCCAGGGAUCAAUGGUGAGCCAGGCCCUAGAGGGCCUUCAGGAAUACCUGGGAUCAGAGGUCCCAUUGGUGCCCCCGGCCUGCCAGGAGCCCCUGGUGCGAAAGGUGAGCCAGGAGCACCAGGGCUGCCAGGCCCAGCAGGUAUUGCUGUGAAAGGCUUAAGAGGACCCAUGGGACCUCCCGGACCCCCCGGGCCUAAAGGCAACAAUGGAGAGCCUGGCCUGCCAGGCCCCCCAGGUCCUCCUGGUCCCCCCGGCCAAGCUGUAAUCCCACAGAUGCCUGAAAGCUACGUUAAAGCAGGAGAGUCUCGGGAGCUAUCAGGAAUGUCUUUCAUGAAAGGAGGCGUAAACCAAGCUCUUACAGGGAUGCCAGUGUCCGCUUUCAGUGUCAUCCUCUCCAAAGCCUACCCUGGGGCAACAGUCCCCAUCAAAUUUGAUAAAAUCCUGUACAAUAGGCAGCAACACUAUGACCCCAGAACAGGAAUCUUCACCUGCAGGAUCCCUGGACUGUAUUAUUUCUCCUACCACGUACAUGCAAAAGGAACAAAUGUUUGGGUUGCACUCUACAAAAAUGGUUCCCCACUCAUGUACACUUAUGAUGAAUACAAGAAAGGAUACCUUGACCAGGCUUCUGGCAGUGCUGUCAUUGAUCUCAUGGAGAAUGAUCAAGUAUGGCUCCAGUUGCCCAAUUCAGAAUCUAAUGGUCUCUACUCCUCUGACUAUGUUCACUCUUCUUUCUCAGGUUUCCUAUUUGCUCAUAUCUAACAACAUCCCACUUACACUGUCCUGACACUCUUUCCUUCAGACCAUUUUGACUGGGCGCUGAUCUGAUUUGUCAUUAGCAGGCCAUGCAGCUUCAAUUUUGCAACAGAAAUGGAGGAGGAAGUGAGAAGGUGAAAGACAGUCAUUCAAACCCAGUAGAAUAUUGUAUAUUUUUAGAGAAUUGUCACAAUAAAUUUGUUUCCAAAUGAUGGAUCAAUUGUCUGACUGAAUGCAACAUUAAAAUUUUACGAAUUAAUAUAA